CAAGUAGAUUAUUUGGUAGAUGAAGGAAAAGAGCUCAUUCGUAAGCGGCAGAAACUGAACAGAAUUGCUGACAAGAGUGCUGAUGGUUGGAAAGUGGUCGACGAAUAUGUUUCGGAUGAGUUAGCGUCUGGCUCGGAGGACGAGAAAGGCUUAAAGAAAGCUAGUGAGGUAGCAAGCAGGAAAAGGAGACAGCCUAGACAAGGUUGUCGUGGACCAGACAAAGAGUUCAAAGGAACUUUGACUUCGACGGAUCAGCAGCUUUUCGCGGUGAGCUAGCCUGUAUUUUGAUUUUCUUUUUGCGCUCUCUCAGUUCUUGUCUGAUCUUUUUUGGAGUACUUUGUUUGUUCUC